AUGGUGAGAUUUUCUGUUAGUGAAGAAGGGAUAUGGACGGCGAAAAAUUCGGUAGAAACACACAACCAUGAAUUGGCAAAACCGGAUGAUCAACAUUUGCUGAGAUCAUCUGGGCACAUCACUGAAGAAAAUACCUCUGUUCUGAAAUCAAUGGCUGAUGCGGGAAUAAGAACAAUAAAUGCAUUCUCCUAUCUAUCCGAGGAGGUUGGAGGUGUAGAAAAUCUGGGCUUUACCAAGAGAGAUGCAUACAACUACAUUAAAAAGGAGAUAAGAGCAAAAAUUGAGAAUGGGGACAGCAAUUCGCUAAUCGAAUUAUUCAAAAACCGGUCCGCUGAAGACAAUCUAUUUGCAUGGGAUGUGCAAACUGAUGAUAAAGAAAGGUUGGUAAACUUUUUUUGGGUAGAUGAUUUGGGGAGAGUGGAUUACGACUGCUUUGGGGAUAUAAUAAUUUUUGAUACUAGCUACCGUCUGAAUAAAUAUAAUUUAGUAUGUGCCCCUAUUAUUGGAGUCAAUAAUCAUUGGCAAAACAUUAUAUUAGGGAUGACCUUUCUAUCUGAUGAAACAAUUGAUUCAUUCUGUUGGUUAUUUCAAACCUUUUUAAGAAUUAUGGAUAAUAAACAUCCAGUUACUAUAUUCACUGAUCAGGAUCAAGCAAUGGCUAGGGCGAUAGAGAUUGUAUUCCCUAAUACAAGACAUCGGUUGUGCCAAUGGCAUAUACACAAGAAGGCUCCUUCGAAAGUUUGGUGUUUUAAUAGUAACAACAAAGUGAAAGGCCUUUUUUAUAGUUGCUUCAACAAGUGUGAUUCCGCGGAGGAAUUUGAUAGUUUGUGGAAUGAGAUGAUUAGCGAAGGAGACUUACACAGCCAUCAGUGGUUAAAUGAUCUGUACAAAAUAUGGGAAAGGUGGUCUACAGCUUUCAACAAAGAUUGCUUUAACCUUGGAAUAUUGUCUACACAACGUAGUGAGUCCACCAAUUUUGUUUGCCAUGGUAUUUCAAAGGCUACAAGUUCUCUCACCGAAUGUUUCCUUGGAUUGGAGAAACUUAUAAACAGUUGGCGUAGGAAUGAACGAGAUGAAUUUUUUAGAUGUUCUCAAACUAAGAUACAACCGUACAUGAAAAGAAGUCCGAUAUUAAAGAAAGCAGCCAAAUUUUAUUCAAGAAAGUUAUAUUCAUUUUUUGAAGAGGAGUUUUUGAAUGGUUUAGGUGGACUACGCAUUGAUCACUCUUCACCAGACUCAUCAACAUUUCCUGUGCAAAACAUAGACCAUACUUUUGAUUCACACAAGUGGACGGUUUUGUUUAGUUCAUCUGAAGGAAUUAUAAAGUGCAGCUGCAGAAAGUUCGAGAUGAUGGGAAUCCUGUGUUCUCAUUGCAUGAGAGUGAUGAGUCAGUUGGAUGUUACUAAUAUUUCUCAGAAAUACUUAAUUCCAAGAUGGUCAGCAACUGCUAGGAACGAUCUUUAUAGUGGAUUGAAUGUCCAACGUAUGGCUAAGAGUUUGUGCACAUUGAAUCAAGGUUCCCGAAACAUGAUUUUUAGAAAUUAUGUUUAUCGAUUUGCUUAUCAAAUUAGCACUGAAGCUCAAGGUAAUGAGGAUGCAGAACAGUGUAUGAUAGAUGGUAUGAGUGCAUUGGCAUUAAAUGUUCAAAACAUUAUGGAAGGAAAAAGAAAUAAAUGUAUAACUGAGGGGAUCCACAAAUCAAUUAGAGAUCCUGCAAAGCGCCGGCCUAAGGGAGUAUCUAAUGCUAGAUUAAAGGAUCAUUGGGAGAAGAGGAAGGCCAAAAAAGUGAAACCAACCGUGCAUAAUCCUAAUCCAACUUUAUAUUUUACACCUGCAGAAUUAGGAAGUCAGUCAUCCUUUAUGUAA